AUGUUCUCAGAGACAAUUAUUGAGGAAGAAGAAGAGGAAGAGACUGAUGUUCAUGACAAAGACGCUUAUAGGCUCAACCUAAGAAACAAAAUUAAGAGUGAUGGCAGGAUCGUAAAAGAUACUGAACAAGAAAACAUGCAUAGGUGGUAUAGGGACUACCAUUCCGAAACAAACAAGAUUAAAGUUUCCAGAGGAGCAGAUGAAAGCGAGGUUGGUGAUGACGAAGAAGAGCCACCAAGAAGAAAUUUCAUCAACUUAAAGAAAGCUAUAAAUUAA